GUCUCUUUUUCCUGCUCUCUUUCCCACCUCUUGUCUCUGUCUCUCUCUUGUUCACUCUGCAUCCUAACCAGCACCCCCCCUCUUCUGCUUUCAUUCAGAUUAUUUACCCAUCUCCUCCUCGCUCCCGGUGCUGUGUCUCUCUCCUCCUUCUCUUCUCCGUCUUCCCUGUCGCUGCUGCUCUAGCCGCCUCACCCUACAUCCCUCCCUUCCUACCAACGCUCCCACCCUCCUCCUCCGCUUCCUCCUCCUCCUCCUCCUCCUCCUCUUGGAGCUCUUCAAAGCUGCCCAGCACACACUUGCACAUAGCAUAACACACUCCUCUCCUGCGUGGGAAAAACAUGUCAGCUAUUCUGGACCUGGACCAGAUUGCAUGCUCUGGGAAUGGAGUGGAGCAUGACAUUGAGACUCCCCAUGGCGUUCUCCAUGUGACGAUGAGAGGCGUUCCCAAGGGCAACAGACCCGUCAUCCUCACCUAUCACGACAUCGGCCUCAACCACAAGUCGUGCUUCAACACCCUGUUCAACUAUGAGGACAUGCAGGAGAUCACGCAGCACUUUGCAGUGGUUCACGUGGACGCGCCCGGCCAGCAGGAGGGUGCUCCUCCCUUCCCCAGCGGUUAUCGCUACCCCACCAUGGACGAGUUGGCUGAAAUGCUGCCGUCUGUGAUGACUCAGCUCAAGGUCAGCAGCAUGAUCGGCAUCGGCGUGGGAGCAGGAGCGUACAUCCUCUCCCGCUUUGCACUGAACAACCCCAGCCUGGUGGAGGGGCUGGUUCUGAUCAACGUCGACCCGUGUGCUGAAGGCUGGAUCGACUGGGCGGCUUCAAAGCUGACUGGAUGGACCAGUAACUUGGUGGAUAUCAUCAUGUCUCACCACUUCAGCACUGAUGAGCUGACAGAUAACCUGGAGCUGAUCCAGACCUACCGCCUCCACAUCGCCCAAGACAUCAACCAGGACAACCUGGCCCUCUUCUGUGGCUCCUACCAAUACCGUCGGGACCUGGAUGUUGAGAGGCCUAUCGUAGGUCUGAAUGAGGACACAGUCAACACACUAACGUGCCCCUCGCUGCUGGUGGUUGGUGACACAUCACCUGCUGUUGAGGCUGUGGUGGAGUGCAAUUCCAGGUUAAAUCCAACCAAGACCACACUGCUAAAGAUGGCUGAUUGUGGAGGUUUGCCCCAAGUUGUGCAGCCGGGAAAACUUGCCGAGGCCUUCAAGUACUUUGUUCAGGGAAUGGGCUACAUUCCCUACGUUCUUCUCAGUCACCUGAGCAACGAAUCAGUGCCGACAGCAGGAAUGACUCGUCUGGCUCGCUCACGCACCACCUCCUCUUCCAGCAUCACCUCCAUGGACAGCAGCCGCAGCCGCAACAACCUCAACAGCCUGCUGGAGGGCAGCGCCACCGGGGCCCUGGACAACCAAGCUGGACCCCAGACCAUGGAGGUCUCCUGCUAAACCCCCAACCUCACCCCACCUUCUGCACAUUCCCAUAGUAACUUAUGUGCCCUCUCUCUCUUUCUCUCUCUCCCGCCCUCUCUCUGUAAGCAACGCCAGGAGGAUCUGUAAUGAAUGUGAUUAGAAAAGAAGAUGUAAUAAAUAUAUUAACAGAUGCAUAUUAUUACAUAUUGAAUAUUUAAUACACUGUCAAAGUCACAUUCCUACCAGAAACCAUCACUACAUUCAGAUGUGUUAUAUGAUUGACGGUCCAAACCCCAUCCUUUUGUAUUUAUUUUUUUUCACCUUGUCUUUGUUUUAAAUGUCUUCACACACACUGUAGAAAUCCUCCAUAUGUUCGAAAUAACUCCAUCGCACGGUACAGCACUUUUACUCUUUUCUCUCCUGUUGUGAACUCUAAACUUGUGAGCUGCAUUGAUUUUGAGUCACUUUAUCUUUGUGUUUUAAUCCAAAACUUACUGCAACGUGAAGCCGAACUAGUCACAAAGUAUACAGAGGGGAUCACUACACCUACUGUAACUGCAGAAAUAAAGCGUUUCAUGGGAGAACCGUUGUAGCACACUGUCUGUAAAACUGAAGCUGUGGAGAGAGCAUUAUGAAAAUGCAUUCAGUGUUAAGGAAAAGUACCAGUGUGUCAACUCUGUCAUUAUUUUGUAUUCUUUUUGAGCUCGUCUCCUUUUCUUUCUGCUUUGUGUUGGUGUUUUUUGUUCAGUUGAAUAGAUUAUUGAUGUUUUAACAACCUGUGAUGUGAAAAGCACGAGUCCCUUCACUGAGGGGCCCAGCGGUGCUUUUCACUGUCUGCUGAUUCAACUCAUUUAUAUUACUACUGAAUAAAGCUACAACAUGACGACA